CUUACGUAUAGGUCACGUAUUCUAUGAACCAUUUCCACAGCAGCGCAACACCGUGCUGGGUUUAAAUACCCAUCCUCACCCGGAAGAUAUAAAUAAGGGCAUACGUGAAGAACCGACUGCGAUCGCGUGCCUUUCUCGCGCCUUCUCCUCUCCAUCCAACAUCCCACAUCCCAUACAACACCGAAAUCGACAUGUCAGCGGAAACAUACGAUGUCAUCAUUGUUGGCGCCGGCUUCUCUGGGAUGUACUCGCUCUUCAAGCUCACAAAGGCCUCAUUCCGCUGUAAGCUGAUCGAGGCGGGCUCCGAUUUCGGCGGGACGUGGUACUGGAACACGUACCCCGGUGCACGGGUAGACACGCCCAUACCAGGAUACGAGUUCUCUCUCGAGGAUCUGUGGAAGGAGUGGACGUGGCCGGAGAUGUAUCCGAAUGGCGAAGAUCUGCGAACGUACUUCAACUACGUGGACCGGAAGCUUGGUCUGCGUGAGCACUGCCUGUUCAAUAGCACAGUCAAAAGCGCGCAUUGGGAUGAUGACCUUCACAUGUGGGAUGUAAAGUCUGAAGGCGUUGCUGGAGUGUACGAGGCCAGAAGUCGGCAUGUUAUAUUUGCUUUGGGCACCUCCUGCGAGCCCUACAUCCCAAACAUCAAAGGUCUGAACCAGUUCUCCGGAAAACCAAUGCACACAGCCCGCUGGCCCAAAGAAGGGCUGGACACCCAAGGCAAAAGGGUCGGCCUAAUUGGCACUGGCGCGAGUGGCGUGCAGAUUGUCCAGGAGGUCGGCCCCAAGGCUGACAAACUCACCGUCUUUCAUCGCACCCCGAACCUCGCAGUGCCCAUGCGACAGCGGUUGUUGCAAGCGCAAGACCAGACGCUCGCAAAGUCCACGUAUCUCGAUUUCCACCAGAGGCUUCGCGAGACGUUUGCGGGGUACUCUUACGACAGGAACGGGCGCAAGACUCGAGAGGACACAGACGAGCAGCGGGAAGCGUUUUACGAGGAGCAGUGGUCUCUCGGUGGCUUUCGUCUUCUCGUUGGCGGGUACACCGAUAUCCUCUCGUCAAAGGACGCCAACGACCUGCUAUACCAGUUCUGGCGACGCAAAGUCUCCGAGCGUAUCGGCGACGAGAAGAAACGCGCCAUCCUCGCACCCGAGAUCCCGCCCCACCCAAUCGGUGCAAAGCGGAUCUCGCUCGAGCAGAACUACUGGGAGGUUAUGUCCAGGGAUAACGUCGACCUUGUGGAUGUCAACGAGGAGCCUAUUGUCGAGGUCACGAAGAACGGCAUCAGGACGACGAAGCGAAAGUAUGAGUUGGACGUCUUGGUGUUGGCUACAGGAUUCGACGCCUUCACUGGUAGUUUCUUCCGGAUCGACAUUCGAGGAGAAGAGGGCAGGGCAAUUCAGGAACACUGGAAAGACGGUGUUCAAAGUCAAUUUGGACUGGCCAUCGACAAGUUCCCGAACCUUUGGUUCAUGUACGGCCCGCACACUCCAGGAGCAUUCGCGACCAUGCCAGUCGUCGCAGAAAUUCAAGGAGACUGGUUCUUGAACACCUUCGAAUACCUCAGAAGAGAGGAGAUCACAAAGUUCGUCGCGAAAACCGCGGCAGCAGAGGCGUACAGCAAGCAUGUGACGGACUUGGCACCUCCGCUGCUGCUGCAGGCCGACAGCUGGUACGUUGGCGCGAACGUUCCUGGGAAGAGGAGGCAGGUGUAUCAUUAUAUGGGAGGUAUGGCUGCGUACAUUGGUGAGCUGGAAGAAGAGGCGAGGCAAGCGUACCCAAGUUUCGAGAAAAGUAGCCUUAGAACAACGCGAGGUGUCUGAUUCAACUGUUUCAACACUGGAUAGAUGUCACGAGUGCCCGCCCUAUAUGUAAAUUCAAAGUCAGCAUUUCGGCGACGAACUUUCUUGUAUUACCUCGAACUCAAUAUUUGAUAACGUC